CCUCUCCUCUCGCCUCCGCGCGAACGGAAACCGAAGCCCCCCCGGGGAAAUCCAAGCUCGAUUCGAAUCCUCUAGAAGAGGGAGCUCCCCCCUCGCCUCGCCUUCCACGUAGCUCCCUCCCCAAAUCCACGCCGUAUCUCUCUAUCUCGAUGAUGAGGGGGUUGCUGGAGGUGGUGGAGGCCGGCGCGGCGGCCUCGUCUGCGAUGAACGGCGCGGUGAGCUGGUGGCGAGACGUGAACGAGUCGCCGCUGUGGCAGGACCGCAUCUUCCAGGCCCUCGCCUUGCUCUACGGCCUCGUCUCCGCCGUCGCGCUGGUCCAAUUGAUCCGAAUCGAAUGCAGGGUGCCCGAAUACGGGUGGACGACGCAAAAGGUGUUCCAUUUCCUCAACUUCCUCGUGAACGGCGUGCGAUCUAUAGUGUUUGUGCUGCGAAGAAAUGUGCAGCUCAUACGUCCAGAGAUAGUUCAACAUGUGCUUCUGGAUAUGCCUGGGCUCGCAUUCUUCACAACGUACGCGCUUUUGGUGCUGUUCUGGGCUGAGAUUUAUUACCAGGCACGUGCAAUGUCAACCGAUGGGCUUAGGCCGACUUUCUAUUGGAUCAAUGCUGUGAUCUAUGCAAUUCAGAUGAUAUUAUGGGUGGUUUUAUGGUGGAAACCAGUUCGAAUUAUGAUCAUUUUGGCGAAGAUGUUCUUUGCAGGUGUAUCACUGUUUGCAGCUUUUGGCUUUCUUCUCUAUGGUGGAAGGUUAUUCCUGAUGUUGCAACGUUUCCCAGUUGAAUCAAAAGGACGGCAGAAGAAAUUGCAGGAGGUUGGCUAUGUGACCACAAUCUGCUUCUCUUGUUUCUUGAUCAGAUGCAUCAUGAUGUGUUUCAACGCAUUUGAUAAAGCAGCUGACCUUGAUGUUCUGAACCAUCCAAUUCUGAAUUUCUUUUAUUAUUUGCUGGUUGAGAUCGUACCUUCAGCUUUGGUGCUAUUCAUUCUAAGAAAACUGCCGCCAAAACGUGGGAUCACACAGUAUCAUCCAAUCCAUUAGUGCAGCCCUGGCAGGAAGAGAAGAAUGGUUUUCUUAUGAGUAGUCUAUACAGCGUGGUACAUACAGAAAAGGCAAUGUGAAAGAUACCACACUUGCUUUUGUACGAGGAAGCCUUUAGAAUCCCAGGUUACUGUCGUGUGUAAAAAUGUAAUCUGGUGGUGUUACAGAUUUAGAAAAUGUAGCUUAUAUCUAUAUUAUAUAUACACUACCUUUGUUCUUC